AUGACCAAAAUAGCGUGUCUCGCUGAUGUUUGCAUGGUUCCUUUGGGAACCGGAUCGGCUAGUGUUUCUGAUUUCGUCACUGCUGUUGAGAGGAGAAUUCGCGAGAGCCAUCUAAAAAGUACUUUACAUAGCGCCGGUACCACUAUUGAGGGUCCAUGGGAUGAAGUUACAGGGCUAAUUGGGGAGCUACAUGAGUAUGCGCAUGAUCUGGGAUAUGUGAGGGUACACACAGAUAUUCGAAUCGGCACAAGAACGGACAAAGCACAGUCAGCUCAAGACAAGAUGGACGUUGUUAUGGAAAAAUUAGGGAAGUAG